CUCGAGCAAACAAUUAAGCAUACUUCUGUCCCUUUUUCCUUCUAUUGUUUUCUUCAUCUCUAUCAUGGCUGAAGCAAUUGUUUCGAGGGUGCUAGAAAAGUUGAGUUCAGUAUUAGAGGAGGAGGUGAGACACAUUAGUAAUGUUCGUGGUGAACUUGAAAAGCUCGCCAGCAAUUUUCAAGCCAUCAAAGCUGUUCUGGAGGAUGCGGAGCGACAGCAACUGGAGAAGGAAAAGGCCAGUGUUCGAGAUUGGUUAUACAAGCUCAAGGAAGUCUCAUAUGACAUUGAAAAUGUGCUGGAUGAGUGGAGCACUGCAAUUUUCAAGUCAAAACUUGAGAAGAAGAAGGUAUGUUCCUUCAUCCCCUCUCCUUCACUCUGUUUCAACAGAGGGAAGUUGCUUCUCAAAACCACACACAAGAUAUUGGAGUUGAAUGGGAGGUUGGAUGUUAUAGCAAAUGAGAGAGAAAGGUAUGGUCUUAAGGAGUUAAGUGUUGAAAAACCAAUUAGACGAGAGCAAACUACUUCUCUCGUAAAUUUAGCAGAGGUGUGUGGUAGAGUUAAGGAUAAGGAGAGGAUUGUAGAUAUAUUGUUGAAUGAGGGUAGAAUUGGAGAAUUAAGAUCAACCCUUCACAUGAUCUCUAUAGUAGGCGUUGGGGGGAUUGGUAAGACUACUCUUGCCCAACUGGCCUUCAAUGAUGAGAAAGUAAAAUCUCAUUUUGAUAACAGAAUAUGGGUGUGUGUCUCUGAUCCUUUUGAUGAGAUGAGGAUUGCCAAAGCAAUUCUUACAUCUCUUGAUAAGGAUGCCGGGCAAAAUUUAGUUGAAUUAGAAGGAGUAUUUCAAUGCCUUGGAAACUUAAUCAAGGGUAAGAAAUUCUUACUUGUUCUAGAUGAUGUGUGGACUGAACAAUAUGGAAGGUGGGAUCGAUUGAAACUCUUGUUGAGUUCUGGCUCCCUAGGAAGCAAAAUUUUAGUCACCACACGUAAGGAGAAUGUAGCAAAAAUAAUGGGUUGCACUACAUUGUGCCCAGUGGAGCAGUUGUCUGAAGAAGAAGGUUGGUCAUUGUUUAGUAAAAUUGUUUUUUUUGAGAGGUCUGACAGUGAAAAUUUAAGAGAAAUUGGUAGGAAAAUAGCAGGAAAGUGCAAGGGCUUACCACUUGCCCUAAAGACAAUGGGUGGUCUCAUGCUCUUGAAAAAAACCGUAAAAGAAUGGCAAAGUGUCUUAGACAGUGAAAUAUGGGAGCUUGAAGUGGCUGAGGAAGGUCUUUUUCACCCCCUAAUGUUUAGCUAUUACGAUUUACCAUCACACUUGAGACAAUGUUUCUCAUAUUGUGCAAUCUUUCCAAAAGAUUAUGUGAUAGAAAAAAGUAAGUUAAUUGAGUUAUGGAUGGCACAAGGUUUCCUUAAGGGGACCAAACAUCGAGAUAUGGAGACUGUAGGGGAAGACUACUUCAAUGACUUGUCAAUGCAUUCUUUUUUUCAAGAUUUUGAAAAGGAUGAAAAUGGUGGCAUUAUCAAGUGCAAAAUGCAUGACAUAGUGCAUGAUUUUGCUCAGUUUUUGACAAGAGGUGAGUGUUUGACGGUGGAAGCGGGAAGCGGUAGUAGCAUUGAAGGUUUUAAUGAAAGUGCUCGUCAUGUGAUGUUGAGGAUUCCAUAUGAUAGUGAUGAAUGUCCUACUUGUAUUUAUGAUGCUAAAGACUUGCACACUUUGCUAGUUGAUUCUGCUGGAGUUGGCGAGUAUAAUGUAGAUUUAUUGAAGUUGUUUGAUAAGCUGAAAUGUCUGAGAAUGUUGAAAUGUCAAUCUGAAAGAAUUAAUAAAUGUCCAAAACAAAUAAGAAAUUUGAUACAUUUAAGAUCUCUUGACUUGUCAGAUAAUUUUUUUCUAGAGAAAUUGUCUGAAGCUGUUUGUGAUUUAUAUAAUUUGCUUAUACUAGACAUUAGUGGAUGUGAGAAGCUUAGAAGUCUACCUUGUCGAAUGGGAAAUCUGAUAAAUUUAUGGCAUCUUCGGAAUUGGGAUACAGAUUGUGUGGAAUUCAUGCCUAAAGGAAUGGAGAAAUUGACUUGUUUACGAACAUUAAGUGAGUUCGUGGUGCGCAGUGGUGGGAAAGGAGCUGCUCUUAGUGAAUUGGGAAACUUGAUUCACCUUCGAGGGGAGCUUGAGAUAAGAGGAUUGAGAAAUGUUAGAGAUAAGAGAGAGGCUGAGAAGGCACAGUUACGAAAUAAGAAAGGGCUCACUACUUUGACUCUAAAUAUUGGUUCUACUUCCUUUGAUAAGAGCCAAGUUUCUGAAGCAUUUGUUCUUGUUCUUGAAGCCUUAGAACCGCCUUUAGACUUGGAAAUGUUAGGAAUAUGGGCCUACAAUUGCCCAACCACAACCUUAGGGGUUUGGCCUAGUUGGAUAAUGUCUCUAACCAAGCUGAAGUUCUUUGUGCUCGGUAGUUGUGUCAACGUUGAACAGUUGCCUCCCUUGUGGAAAUUGCCAUCACUGGAAUCGCUCCUUCUGACGCAAAUUGAAGGAAUGAAAAAGGUGGGAGUUGAAUUCUUGGGAAUAGAAACGUCAUCUUUGUCUCCAUCUUCUUCUUCAGCAUCUGUUGUUGCCUUCCCCAAUUUAAACUCACUGCAAUUUUGUGAAAUGAAGGAGUGGGAAGAGUGGGAUUAUGGAAGCAGAGGAGAAGAGGAUAUCAAAAUCAUGCCACGCCUUUCUUCCUUGGUGAUUUUUGGAUGUGAGAAGUUAAAGAUGUUACCGGAUUCUAUUCUCCGAAGUACUACCCUUCAGAAUUUGAAAAUUUGUAGGUCUUCAAUUAUUUCAAGUCGCUGCCAAGGGGAAUACCAGCCCCAUAUCUCUCGCAUCCCCAAAGUGGAAUUCGUGGAAUUCUAGUAAAACAUCAACCCUGCACGGGGCCAAGAAUAUGUGACGCAAGAAGAUGCGCUGGAAUGGGUGAUGUACAGCGUCCACAUGUCUCUUAUUUUAUUUAUGUGUGUGUGGCUGUACUACAUGUCUAGGUGUAUGUAUAUGUACAUAUGUGCAUGGAUUUUUUUUAAAAAAAGUUUAAGCGACAGACGUAAUGUAUAAUUGAAUUGUCAUAUCUUCUCUUGUAUUUUUUUUUUCAGGCUAUGGAUGUAAUGUAUAAUUGGAUUGUAAUCCUUUUUUAUCAUAGUAAAUUGUUUACGCCACU